AUUAGUUUUCCCACAAUGCACCGCACAUCUGUCAUGGCUGCUCACUGAUGCCACUUGCGCCACAUGGGUAGAAUUAAAGCCGUUAUCUGAGUCUGACACACGGGGACAGCGGUCAUUCACACAGGCGCGGGUCUGGGGCUCUGGUCCGGCUCCGUCCUGUCUGGCUCCGGCUCCUCUUCAGCGGUCCGGUCCGGUCCGGUCCGGUUCGGUCCGGUCAUGAUGCUGGACGUGGAGCUCUCCGUCCUCCGAGGGUUUUUAACAGGCAGUGAAGCAGCGGAAUGGAAGCAGAGCCUCUACGGCAGUGCAGAGGUGGGCUCUCUGCUGGAGUCACUGAUGCAGGGGGACUUCCAGGCCGUUCUGCUGAACCCUCAGGUGUUGGAUUUACUCCGAGGGGACAACUCCUGCACGGAGGGGCAGGACAUCGAGGCCUACCUGGAGAGACGGGUCCUGCUUUACCUGAGCGAAGCCUCUGAAGACGCACAGACACACAGGGUGCUGGUGGUGCUGCUUGUGGCCGUCUCCUGCCUCCAUCUGUUCGCUCAGAGUAACUGGACCGGUCCUCCUGUGUCCAUCCACGUCCCUGACCUGCUGCCCCCAGGCCUGCUCUCCACCUCAGCCCCUUAACUUGUAACUGAAGUGGUCCAUUCCAGUCUGCUCUUGGAUGGGGAGUCGGUCUACAGUCUGGUGUCCAACCCUCUGCUGCUGCUGCUGGCCAAAGUCAUACUCACUAAAUGUUCAUCAAAGAUGGACAGUCUCCAGCUGCUCCCCUGGUGGACCCUGCGCUACGUCAACCUACACCAGCAAAUCCUGGAGGCUCGUUCUCCACAGCUCCUCAGCAUGGCCCAAAGCAGCAUGGACAAAGUGGUGAAGCGCUUGUCUCUGCUGUCCGAACACACCAACCUGGCCGUGCAGCUCCACCUGGAGUGUGUCUACACCAACCUGACCUACUAUGAGUACCAGGCAGCCAAAGAACACAUGAGGACGGCCCAGCAGCUGUCGGGACUCACCAUCAACAUGACCGGCGCUCUGGGUAAACGGACCCGAUUCCAGCAGAAGUUCUUGGCUCAGCUCAUCCUGGAGGUGAAGAGGAACCGGGACCAAACUGCACAGACGGACAGUGAUGCGAGUCCCGCCCCCACAGAUCAGGCCAGACUCCCCAAGGACCUCAGUCUGGGUGACGACACCGUCCUGGAUAAGAUCACCCUGGAAGAUCCAGAUCAGUACGAGCUUCCUGAUCUGAGUGCAGAGGAACAGGCCGUGGUCCUGGGUGUCUGCACUGACUUCCAGAAGAAUAACCCUGUCCAUAAACUGACAGCAGAGGAGCUCCUGGCCUUCACAUCUUGUCUCCUGUGUCAGCCCAAGUUCUGGGCCGUGGAGGUCACAGCUCUGUGCCUGAGGACCAAACUGGAGCGAGGACGAAGCCGCUGCGUGGAGAGAGCAAUGAUGCAAACGCAGGCCAUCGCCGAUCAUUUUGAAGACGUGAACUGUCCCGUCACCGAGCGCCUCAAGCUCUUCUACUGCGUCCAGGCUCCGACCCGAUGGACCGUCCAGAAACUGUUGGCGAGUUUACUGACUGACCUGGGCUGCACCAGUUCAGCCCUGCUGGUGUACGAAAAACUGGAGCUGUGGGAGGACGCCGUUAUCUGCUACGAGAGGCUGGGCCAACACGGAAAGGCGGAGGAGAUCAUCCGGAGGGAGUUGGAGAAGAAGGAGACCCCCGGCCUGUUGUGCCUCCUGGGGGACGUCCUGAGGGAUCAGCAGUUCUACGACCGGGCCUGGGAGCUGUCGGGCAGACGCAGCGCCAGAGCCAUGCGCUCCAAAGCCCUGCUGCACCUGCACAACAAGCAGAUCCAGCAGUGUGUGGACUGCUUCGAGGAGUCGCUGAAGAUCAACGGCAUGCAGCUGGGUGUGUGGUUCUCCCUGGGUUGUGCCUACUUUUCCUUGGAAGGCUAUGAAGGAGCUGCUCGGGCGUUCCAGAGGUGUGUUGCACUGGAGCCAGAUAACGCAGAGGCCUGGAACAACCUGUCCACCGCAUACAUCCGCCUCCACAAGAAGGACAAAGCCUUUCGGACUCUGCAGGAAGCCCUGAAGUGUAACUUUGAACACUGGCAGAUCUGGGAGAACUUCAUCGUAGUGAGCAUCGAUAUCGGGGAGUUCGCCGAGGCCAUCAAGACGUACCACCGCCUGAUGGAUCUGAGGGAGAACUACAAGGACGUGGAGAUCCUUCAGAUCCUGGUCCGGGCGGUGCUGGAGAACAUGACGGACCGUCAGGGCCUGGAGGCCAGGACCCUUUCGUCCCAGCUGAAGGAGCUCCUGGGUCGGGUCAGUUCACGCCACAGCGGCGACUCCGAGGUGUGGAGACAGUACGCUCUGCUGUACGGAAACGGACGCAGCGACAACCGCGACGACAACAACAAGGCUCUGCAGUUCCUCUCUAAGGCCCAUCGCUGUGAGGUCCAGUCCAGAGGAUGGGAGACGGAACCGGCUCUGUUCAAGGAGGUGAUCAGCAGAGCCGUCAGCAUGGCCCAAGUGAGCCUCAGCUGCAGUCAGGACCACCCCAACCCCACAGAGGCCCUGCAGACGCUGUCGUCCACUCGCCUCAGCCUGCGGAGUCUGGCCACCAAAGCCAAGCAGAUGCACACAGACGUGGCCACAGGUCAGAUCCACGCUGAGCUGCAGGACGGAGUGGACGCUCUGGAACAGAUGAUCACGGAGCUGCAGGAUCUGAGCGGGAAAAUGAGGAAGCAGUCGUCGUAACCGAACGACGGACGCUCCUCACAGAUGGAAGACGUCCUGUUUAAGGAAAAGAUGUACAUGCGAAAAAGAAAGGAUCAACUGUAAAAGCUUUCUUUGUAAUAAAGUUUUUCUACUCUUGAAUAUUGUGGAUAAUGUCAGAAAACACCCAGUGAAAGUAGAAGGUAAAAAGAAGCAGCUGUUUGUGUGUUUCAUCAUGAUUACACUGAAGCUGAAUGAAUGAAUGAAAUCUU